GUUUACCUUUUGCAAGAGCAUGGCGAGUUCAUGUUUUUGGAACGAUUUUGAAUUAAAAAAGCCACCGCUUGUCACUUUGCAUGUUAGCGAAACAAGAUUUGCGAAGGAUGUGUUUGUGGUCAUCAAUCGCUAUCUGCAACAGUUGUCCUCGCCAAAUGGGCAGGAAUUCAAUCAAACUGCCGCCUUAAUUGGGCGUCUGAUGGCACGCCGAAAGAACUCCUUCCGCUCCAUGCCAGGAUUCCGUGCGGUCUGCAAACUAAAUGCGACACUCUGUCGGCUGCUGCGACUCGAUUUACCUCGUGAAUUGGAGCAUUUUCGCGGUGCUUUGCCAGAUGCCUGCGAUGACGAAGUGUCCGGCGAGAUGCCCACCCGUAACAGCUUAGAGUUCAUCUUAGUGCGGCUGAUUGCCUUCCAUCGACUGCACGAGCGCAUCCACGACUGCUGUGUGGCGGCUGCCAAAUACUUUGGUCAAAUGCUGCGCAACAAUUUCUUCAUGGAGAUUCUCACACUGCUGAUUGCAGCCAUCGCAAAAAUCAAUAAAUUGAGUCAACUGCAGGCCAACAGUUGUGCAACGCUGUAUGACAAGUUGCUGCCACAUCGCUUCAGAUUUCCACACGUGGAAAAGCAUAAUUUUCUGCCCGAGAAUUACGAACUGCCAGCGAAACUGCGUCAGAUUGAAUUAACUCAGCCAGAUCAAACCAAUGAAGUGAUGUCUGCAGCAAUCCAACUGCAAGCACCACAGGCACCUCCGCUGGUGACGAAAGUAGAGAAGGCCAAACAGCUGGCCAAAGCGGAUGUGGGCACGGUGAUUGCACGCCAGACAAAAACAACAAAAGAGAUUACAUUUCAGCUGGACUCAUUGAUAACCGUAGAGGAUGUUAAACAUUUCAUUCAGCGCGAAUCCAAAGCUCGCAAAGAGACGCCCAACGGCUGCCUGACGAACGCAAUACAAAAUCACGAAUGGCUGGCGGCAAAGACGCUCUUCGAGCGCAAACUCAAGUCAAGGGAGAGCGCAAAAGCUUUGAACAUAUUUCGCAAAUUUAUUGGCAGCAAAAUAUAACAAGAGUAGGAUAAAUACGGAA